ACCGAGGGGCUAGGGGGGAAGAGUCCUGUUAACAAAAGGGAACAAAACGAAGGGUGAACGUCCAUGAAGCCAGGUUCAGAAUCGAGGAUGGAGACAACUGGGAGAAGGCAGGCGGACACAGUCUACCAGUGACGAAUAAUACAAGAGGAAGAGAAAAGCCUGGCUGUCUCAGGGACCAACCCCAAGGAGAUCUGAAAACCACACAAUCCCAGGGGGUGAAGGAGGCUGGAGUUCUGAAGAGGAACGUGGCAGAGACAAGAUCUUAAAAAAAACUGAAACUAAGAAUGUCUGUGUCUCAGAGGUGUUUGAGCUGUGUCAAAUAUUUGAUGUUUGUGUUUAACCUCAUCUUCUGGCUAGGAGGAUGCGGCUUGUUUGGAGUUGGAGUCUGGCUGUCCUUCACACAGGCAGAGUUUUCCUCUCUGCCCCUGUCCUUUCCAUCCCUCUCAGCGGCCAAUCUGCUGCUGGUCGCUGGUGGCAUUACCAUGGUCACUGGCUUCCUGGGUUGUCUUGGAGCGCUCAAGGAGCAGCGCUGCCUGCUGUUCAUGUUCUUUGGGAUCCUUCUGCUCCUGGUCCUGACAGAGAUGACCCUAGUGUUGGUUAUACACAUGUUCCAUGACAAGCUGGAUUCCAAAGCACAAGGUGAAUUAAAGGAAGGAAUGAAGAUUUAUAAAUCAGAUCCUGGACUAAAAACAUCCUGGGACAACGUCCAGAAAAUGUUCAAAUGCUGCGGAGUGACAAACAAAACGGACUGGUAUGAUGUGCUGAACGGCACGCUGCCCUCGUCGUGCUGCUCUGUUGGGAUGGACCAGUGUGUUGACGGAUGGAGUGAGCCGUGCUAUCAGAAGGCCAGGCAGUGGCUUCUCACCAACAUCCCCUCAGUCCUGGUGUUUGGAGUCUGUAUUGGCGUCGUGCAGAUCUUGGCCCUGGUGUUCUCCAUGCUGAUGUACUGUCAAAUUCUUUGUGCAGAGAAGAACCUGGACUGACUGCAGACCAGCUGUUCACUGGCCUGUGGCGGAAAGGCUUAUUUCGCAAAUUCUCCAGGUGCUCAAUUUCGGGUUCCAAACACUCUGUAGGAUUCCCCCCAAAAAAAACCAGCAGUGACAGACCGAGGGAAGAGGAUAUGAAUAUGAAUAUAUCAUGCUGAGGUUUUUAUUCUAUCUGUUACUACCUUCGAACCAGCAGUUCCAUCACCUUGAUGCACUGCUCAUGCUGAGUCACCUGAGGGGAAGCACAAGGCCCCAUCUUCCUCUUUAACAACAUGUAACAUGACACAUAUCUGCCUGUCCUUAUUUUACAUUAAUUCUUUGUGUUUAUGCUUUUCCACAGAUAUGAAAUAAUAGUCUGUGUGUGUGUGUGUGUGUCAUGAAACAGUGAGUGGCACAUUUAAUCAUUAUUAUUUGGAUUUCAUUAAGGAGCGUGUUAGGUCAUAUACUAGGAUGGUUUUUUUGGGGGGGCCACUCUCAAACUAAACAAAACAUACAGAGGAAGAGGCAAAACCCCAAGAAAGAAUAGAAAAUAUUUUUAUGUAGCACUAAGUUCACUUUUUCAUAAUUUCCAGCCUUGUAUCUUGUGCACUUUGAGCGUGUCUGCUUCAGUAACUUUUACGCGGCUGUUACUUCCAUCUGUUUUAUCUAACCAUCGUUCUUCAUUGUCCUUAUUUAACCACAUGAGUUCAUCCAACCUUCCCUUCUUUCACUGGAUGGCUCAAGAGUGAGAUACAACAUGAGCAUUGCAUUAUAGACGCGUGACAAUGUUGUGUGCAUGUUGUCGCGCGGCACUGCAUAGGGUCGACGCUCCCCGCGGCAGAAUGGAUCCGUGGACUGAUGUCCGAGGCUCUUCUCGUGACAAUGAACUCGCUGGUUCCCCACUAGUUGGUCUCAGAAACUAAACCACUCCAGGAAAGAGGGUUGACGGUUCAUUGUCGGUCAGCGACCAUCGCGAGUUCCGACCAUUCUCCCCCCUCUUGGACUUGUCUGUGACCAGCUCCAAACGGACACAACCCACCUGACUCCUGACAUUUGGCAUCAAAUUCAGCUGAAAAGACCAAAAGACAGCAGUGAAUUGAUUCUACUUGAUGAGGACCGUGGCCACAGACUGAUGCAGCUCGUUUCUCUGUGCCACGAGCACAAUCUGACGACUGUAAAGAAGGAUACUGACUGACAUGUCAACGCAAGCCCUGCAGUUAAAGGGGCAGUAAGCCAUUUUUAAUCCAAUACAAUUUUUGUAAAAUUCAGCAAAUAUUGCCUCACGGCCCACUAGCUGUCGGUUCUGUGUGUGCGCCGAGGAAAUACAUUUUUUUGGACAUAAAAAACCGGAGCAAACUUUCCCUCGACAGACUCAGGGGUCUUUGGCCUCCUGGUUAGUGCGUCGUCUCCCAUAUCCGAGGCCCGGUCUAAGAAAAUCAACAACAAACUUAUCUUUCUCCAACAUCGCUUACUGCCCCUUUAAUUGUAACCCCCCCCCCCCCCCCCCCCCCCUGCAACAGCAAUAAUCUGUCGGCUACAGUUCUGCGUUUGCUGCGUUUGCUUUGCUGAUGAUCGGCUGAACUAAAUAAACCUGCUCGUUACAACACAG